CUCGCUCUCCGCGGCCCCCAUCUUUCGGCAAUUAUUUCUCUCUCGCCGCCAGAUGCAAACGCAAUUUGCAGAAUAAUUUUUUGCUGCUCCAGUGCGCAAUUGAUUCCCUUGAGACGAGCCCUUAGAAAGGCGCGAGAGAACAAAUAAACAUUGGUUUGACACAUGCUCUCUCUGGUCCUGACAUGUCUUAGCCUGUUGAGGGCGGCCCACGGCGGCCACUUGCAACAGGAGGCGGCCGAGGGGGCGACGGUCACGCUACCCUGCUUCAACACGACUGACGGCCAGCACCAGUUUCAGUUCUGGAUGCUUAAAGAUGACUCGGUCAUCGGCCCCGAAAACCCACCCAGCCCUGGAAGCAAGUUCAAGUUUGAGGUCCUUUCGGGGAACCUCUCUAUCAAGGCUCUGAGCGCAGAGGACUCAGGUUUAUACCGAUGUGUGGCGAAGGGAUGGAACAACCCUACAUUUCACAUUGAGGACGUUGAUCUCAUUGUGCGAAAAGACUGGGAAGAAGUCUGGGCCAACGACACAGGGGUGAAUAUUCUGCGGGGCGUUUUAGCGUUGACGGUGAUCUGCGUGUUCUGCGGCGUGGCGUGCGUUUUGCUCCGCCUGCGUCGCUCCAGCUACCUCAAGAGUGAAGAUCUGUCCGACGAGGACGAAGAGAGCCCCUUCCAGAGCACCUCCGAGCCUGGCCAGCAGCACCGCCGCCUCAGCAGCAGCAACGUCGAGAUCAACGUCCUCGAGACCGAACUGCCUCGCACCCUUAACUCCAUGUACAGAGCAAACUAACACGCACCAGACACCAGAAGACAAGUUGUGCAGAAUUUGUGCCAGCACAGAUUUUGAACGUGUUUUAAUCGUAAAGACGGAGGUGAAGGACAUUCCUCUUGAGACUUUCUACAUUUAAGUGUUUUUGAAAUUAAUGUGGGUAGUGCUAAUUCAGAAAGUGAUGAAUGGACGAGUUGAUUUGCAUACCUGACAGUGAGUUUCGUAGCUUGUAAAAUCACUUAAUGCAGAAAUAUUGUGUAAAAAUUUACAUAAUUAUGAAACCUCUUUGACAAAAAUAUAAAUUAAAUUAUA